AGUAAGUGGAAUAUCUCUGACGGGAAACGUUAAUGUUUGGUUAUCAGUAUCUUAGGGAGGUGCCGGGGAGGUGUGGUGUAGGAUUAGGAAGUUGUUAAAUAUUUUAAAUGGAUAGUCAGGGCAGAAAAGUUAUUGUUUGCGAUAAUGGAACAGGGUUCGUUAAAUGCGGGUACGCAGGCUCGAAUUUUCCUGCUCAUAUAUUCCCAUCAAUGGUUGGAAGGCCAAUUAUCAGAGCUGUAAAUAAGAUUGGUGACAUAGAAGUGAAGGAAGAUGUUUAUGUCAAAGACUUAAUGGUCGGAGAUGAAGCAAGCAAACUCCGAUCCAUGCUGGAAGUAAAUUAUCCAAUGGAAAAUGGAAUUGUAAGGAACUGGGAAGAUAUGUGCCAUGUAUGGGAUUAUACAUUUGGCGAAGAGAAAAUGAACAUAAACCCAAAAGAAUGCAAGAUUCUUCUGACUGAACCUCCAAUGAACCCAACGAAGAACAGAGAAAAAAUGAUAGAGGUAAUGUUUGAGAAAUAUCAGUUUGCUGGAGCAUACAUAGCCAUACAAGCUGUACUCACAUUGUAUGCACAAGGGCUUCUAAGUGGUGUUGUGGUGGAUUCUGGUGAUGGUGUAACACAUAUUUGUCCAGUUUAUGAAGAAUUUGCCCUACCACAUCUUACAAGAAGAUUAGACAUUGCAGGAAGAGAUAUCACUAGAUACUUGAUAAAGCUGUUGCUACUGCGUGGAUAUGCCUUCAACCAUUCUGCCGAUUUUGAGACCGUGAGGAUAAUGAAGGAGAAGCUGUGUUACAUUGGCUACAACAUUGAAACGGAACAAAAAUUGGCCCUUGAAACAACAGUACUAGUUGAACCCUAUACGUUACCUGAUGGCAGAGUUAUUAAGGUUGGUGGUGAGAGAUUUGAAGCACCCGAGGCUUUAUUCCAGCCUCAUCUAAUCAAUGUUGAAGGGCAAGGAAUUGCUGAGUUGGUUUUUAAUACAAUCCAGGCUGCCGACAUUGAUAUGCGCACAGAAUUAUACAAACACAUAGUGUUAUCUGGUGGGUCAACCAUGUACCCAGGUUUACCAAGCAGACUGGAAAGGGAAAUCAAGCAGCUGUACCUUGAACGAGUUCUUAAGAAUGACAUUGACAAAUUAUCUAAAUUCAAAAUACGCAUAGAAGACCCUCCUCGGCGAAAGGACAUGGUAUUCAUUGGUGGAGCUGUUCUAGCAGAUGUUAUGAAAGAUCGAGAUACGUUCUGGAUGACCAAUGAAGAAUAUCAGGAGAAAGGUGUUGGUGUACUAAAGAAACUAGGUGCUAGAUCCAGCUAGAACGGCCAGAAUUUAUGGGAUGUUAUUGCAAUUGGCAUGACUUUCAUUGCCUUUGAGGCAUUUUAUAAAAGCAAGUUGCAUUUAUAGUAGCAGGAUUCCGGCUUGGAAGUUGUGCAAACUUUACUUGCUGGAGAGUCCAUUGUGUCAUUAAAAAUGCACAUCACAAUCCAGUAAAAUGUUUUAUGUACUUUUUUCUGUUUAAAAUGGUCAUUCAGUGUCUUUACAAAUCAUAUUGUUAAAAUGCAUACUUACUCUAAUUCAUUGCACCUUUUUUCAGAAGUAUUAGUACAAUGUGUGUUGGCAGAAAUAGUGAGCAUUAAGGCACCCAAUUAAUGUGGUAAGAUCAAGAUCACAGUAAAUUAAUUUUUAAUUUAUUAAAGUUUUCAAGAAAGAGGGACCUCAAUUGAGUCCUCAGCCAAGCAAAAUGUGAACUUUUAACUAUUUAUAGAUGGAAAAUAAUUGUACCUCAUUUAUUGUUGAAUAUUUUAAAUGUCAUAGUGAUGAAGUACAGCCACACUCUUCCAAAGGAGCAUAAAGAAUGGCCUACAGUGUUCCUAAGCAACUAAAUUACAAAUAGGUUGUGUAUACAAUUGCUGUUGUACAACAUGUAUAUCUAGAGCAGACAUUUUUAAAUCUGAUAAAGAACACCAGUAUUUUAAAAACGACAUAACGUAGAAUAUAAGAACCUUAAGUUUGUUUUGUAAUGUGUUAAAUGAGAAUACUGUUAUUGGAGCACGUGUGUGCGUAUAUAUGUCUACAUGAAGGACAAAAGUUUUGUUAAUACAAGAGUUUGUAUUCUAAAGAAGUUAGUAUUUAUUUAGAAAUAAAUUUCUUAUUUUGUCAUGUAACUUU